GGCGCGGCCCUGAGGGGCGACGGGGUCUCGCUGCGCCUCGCCGGCCAAACCCAUGACUACGGCAAACUGCGGCGCCACCGACGAGUUCGACUUCAGGCUGAUCUUCGGCGAGGACGGGCAGCCCGGCCCCGGGCCGCCGCUGGGGCCCGCAGAUCUUGAGUCAGAUGACUGUGCAUCCAUAUACAUCUUUAAUGUAGAGCAGCCAUCAUCCUCUGUCAACCAGCCAAUUUGUAUUCCUCGCCAUGGACUGCAGUCUCACUCCUCUCCUACAAGAUUUCAGAGUCACAAGAACUAUGAAGGCACUUGUGAGGUACCAGAAUCCAAGUACAGUCCACUAGGUGGACCCAAACCCUUCGAGUGCCCCAGCAUUCAAAUCACAUCGAUUUCACCCAACUGUCACCAGGGGAUUGAGGCCAGUGAAGAUGAAUUACACACAAAUGGCACAGAAAAUGAGUAUAUGGAAAGGCCUUCCCGGGACCAUCUCUAUCUUCCUCUUGAGCCAUCGUACAGGGAAUCAUCCCUUAGUCCCAGCCCUGCCAGCAGCAUUUCAUCCAGGAGUUGGUUUUCAGAUGCUUCCUCUUGUGAGUCCAUUUCCCAUGUGUAUGAUGAUGUAGACUCAGAGCUGAAUGAAGCAGCUGCUCGAUUUACCCUCGGCUCUCCUUUGGCAUCACCUGGUGGUUCUCCCAGAGGUCCCAGCGAUGAAUCGUGGCAGCAGCCUUAUGGCUUUGGGCACGCCCUGUCCCCCAGACAGUCUCCCUGUCACUCUCCCAGAACUAGUAUUACAGAUGAAAAUUGGCUGAGCCCCAGACCAACGUCAAGGCCCUCAUCCAGACCUACAUCCCCCUGUGGGAAACGCCGCCACUCCAGCGCUGAGAUUUGCUAUGCUGGUUCUCUCUCUCCUCACCAUUCUCCAACUCCAUCCCCCGGCCAUUCUCCCAGAGGAAGCAUAACAGAAGACACGUGGCUGAACACUUCCAUUCAUAAUGUACAAGGCCUUAACUCUGGGCUUUCACCAUUUCAGUGUUGUACAGAGACUGAUAUCCCUCUAAAAACCAGAAAGACCUCAGAGGAUCAGACUGCCACUUUAUCUGGAAAAAUAGAUAUCUGUCCUGAAGAGCAAGGUAACUUGUCAUCAUCCCUUGAAACUGCAGUGGAUGAUUGCUCUGGAUCCCAGCACACCUUGAAAAAAGACUUGCCUGGAGACCAAUUCCUUUCUGUUCCUUCGCACUUUACUUGGAACAAGCCGAAGCCUGGUCACACUCCCAUAUUCCGCACAUCUUCAUUGCCACCUCUUGACUGGCCUUUACCAAGCCAUUAUGGGCAGUGUGAACUGAAAAUAGAAGUCCAGCCUAAAACUCAUCACAGAGCUCACUAUGAAACAGAAGGAAGCAGAGGAGCAGUAAAAGCAUCUACUGGAGGACACCCUGUAGUAAAGCUGCUGGGCUACAGCGAGAAGCCGGUGAACCUGCAGAUGUUCAUUGGCACGGCCGACGAUCGCUACCUGCGGCCCCACGCCUUCUACCAGGUGCACCGCAUCACCGGCAAGACCGUGGCCACUGCCAGCCAGGAGAUCAUCAUUGCCAGCACCAAAGUGUUGGAAAUUCCACUUCUUCCUGAGAAUAAUAUGUCAGCCAGUAUCGAUUGUGCCGGUAUUUUGAAGCUGCGCAAUUCAGACAUAGAGCUCCGGAAAGGAGAGACAGAUAUUGGGAGGAAGAACACCAGAGUGCGCCUCGUGUUCCGUGUGCACAUCCCACAGCCCAGUGGAAAAGUCUUAUCUCUGCAGACUGCUUCCAUUCCUGUUGAAUGCUCUCAGCGAUCUGCGCAAGAACUUCCUCAGAUUGAGAAGUACAGCAUCAACAGCUGCUCAGUAAAUGGAGGCCAUGAAAUGGUGGUGACAGGAUCCAAUUUUCUUCCAGAAUCCAAAAUUAUAUUUUUUGAAAAAGGACAAGAUGGACGACCUCAGUGGGAAGUAGAAGGGAAAAUAAUUAGGGAAAAGUGUCAAGGGGCAAACAUCAUACUUGAAGUUCCUCCAUACCAUAACAAAGCCAUCACAGCUGCAGUUCAGGUGCAGUUUUAUCUCUGCAAUGGCAAGAGGAAAAAAAGCCAAUCUCAACGUUUUACUUACACACCAGUUAUAAUGAAGCAAGAGCACAGAGACGAGGUGGAUUUGUCAGCUGUUCCGUCCCUGGCCCUGCCGCACGCGGGCGGCGUCCAGGGCCUGCACUCCAUGCGAGCCCAGCUGCCCUCCCCGGAGCAAGGGCACCCCCAUGACAAUCUGCUGUCCACGUCACCCAGGAGCCUCGUGUGUCCCAUGCAGCCGCCCUACACGGCCAUGGUGACCUCGGCAGUGCCACACCUGCCACACAUGCAGGGCAGAAACCUCAGUCCAAGUGAAGAGUGUCACGUUUUGCCUCCUGCUGUGGUUCAGUCUUUUCAGGUAACAUCAGCCCCUCCCGUGAGGCCUUCUUACCAGCCUGUGCAGCCUAGUGAUGUGUACAAUGGACAGCCUGGCCUUCCCAUGAACUCUGCCCCCGGCCCAGCAUUCGAUGCCAUUUCAUUUCCGCAGGACACGGCUGUACCUCACUUGAUAAAUCUCAGCUGCCAAGCUCUACCACCGGUGCAGUUCCAUUCUUCAAACCCAGGUUCUGUGUCAGCAUCAAGUCCAGCAGGGCACGCCCUGGCCCACGCAGCUCAUUCGGGACAGUCACCUGCUCAGCUGCCAUCCAUGGGAUUCCACUGCCCGGGCGCGGGGCAGGGCUCCCUGCCCUCUGCCAUGAGCCGCUCCCUCGGCCAGGCCCCUCCGCAGCUGCAGCAGGUCCCGUUCCACUCUCCGAACCCAGCGGCCGCUUCUUCCCCGUCCCCGACAGCUUCGCACCCGCUGGGCCACUCGCCGCUGUCCGGCCCCUCUUCCCCGCAGCUGCAGCCUCUGCCUUACCAAUCCCCCAGCUCAGGGCCCGCCCCGUCGCCGCCGCCCGGGGGCCGCUCGGGGCAGCACUCGCCGCAGGCCGCCAGCCCCGCGCUCGGAGCCCUGGGCUCGGUGUCACCCCUGGGGCCCCACCCCGGCUGUGACUCGUCUCCCUUUGCGCCCGAGGGGGCAGCUGUGCACAUCAAACCAGAGCCUGAAGACCGGGAAUUGAAUUUUCAAACCAUAGGACUACAAGACAUCACACUAGAUGAUGACAGUUUUAUCUCUGACCUGGAAUACCAGCCAUCAGGUUCAACAGAGAAAUGGACUCAACAUUCAGCACUCAUGUCCAACUCCUUUGUGGAAAAUCUAGAGGUGAAUGAGAUCAUAGGAAGAGAUAUGUCCCAGAUCUCAGUGUCACAUGGAACACCAGUGGCCAGCCAGCCUGCACAUCCGUGUCCUGGGUCUCUGGAGACGAGAAUAUCUGAUGGAAUCCAGUAGUGGAUAAGCUAACGACUCAACAUCCAUGACAACGUCACAGUUUCUCUGAAUAUUUCUUCAUCCUCUUCCUCCUUAGACUUACUGUGCUUCCAACUCUGUGGCCUUUAUGAACUGGAACAGUGGAUCCUUGCAAAGCCCUUUUAGUGGGUUACAUUUUUGAUGUAGAGACAGAGCAUUUUAAUUAUAGUUCCUCAGAUGCUGUAAAGAGACUUCUUAAAAUGGACACACAGAACCUACACCAGAUAUUUUAACUGUUUUAAAGUUACAAACAAGCUUUGCUUUUUGCAUUUAAAUAGAAUACUUUUAUGUUUUAAGUGCUUCAGAUGUGUGGAGGUGUUAGUUUGCUCUUGUAAUAUUCACAGUCCUGAACGUGGAAGAUUUAAUGCACAUCUUCAGUGUGCUGCUUGCCCUUAGAGGUAGUAUAGUUUGUAACUGAUGAUUUGUAACACCUUUUGGUCAUUUUGGAAAGCCUUUAAAGCUUCUGUUGUUUCAUUUUUUUUUUCUUAAUAAGAUCUUCCAGUGGCCAGUUGUACCUGUCAUCUGAAGCCAAUGCCACGGAAGCCAUUGUGUAUAUGAAUACUGUAGUGUUUUCUUUCUUAGAUUCAUAGGAAGCAAAGCCAAAUGUAGAUCUGCACUUGUUUAUAAACUGAAGAUGUUACUUGAUAGGCUGCAAAAAGACCAUUCCAUCAUGAAAGUGUUGGGAUAGAAAUUACAUUCCAAAAUUUACCUUUUAUAACUUUGUGGAUAAUCUUCCUGAUCUUUAUUAGCACAGGCUCCUUCUUGAAAUAGCUUUUUUCUUAGCAAGUUACAUUUGUAAGCAAAUUUGAGCAGUAGGAUUUUAGAUUAAAGAACAGCAACAUCAAAGCCAUGUUAGAUACAGGAGAAAAUUUAAUGUUUGCUGAGGAUCUAAAUAUUCCCAUUAUCCCUGCAGAAUAUGGGUUUGAAAUCACCAAUUCAGUGGCAUUCAAGUUUUCAAUGCAAUAGAUCAUCUGAUCACAUCUGUUAUCUUUUCUAUUCUGUAUGCCCAACCAUGCCACUUGGAACUCCUAAGGAGAUGACAGUUGCAGUUCCUUAAAUUCAGGCUGUUUGUAAAUGUCAGUUUGCUAAAAGUAAUUUACUGUGAAUUAGUGGUUGGGCAGUACCAUGUGUCCAUGUUUCAUUUCAAAGGUGUGAAGCAGGAGCUACCAAAGAAAUACACAAGAUUCAGCAGCAGCAGUAAACUCUGUGCUGUGCUCUGAGGAUGCAUCUCCUUUAUCCCCAUAAUCUGAUGAAUUUGAAACAAUCUGUUUACAUCAUUACUUAAAAAUCUCUGGCCUUUCCAGUCAGACACUGUGGAGAGGAUCCAGCACUGCCUGUGGAGGCUACAGCCUUUUCCCUCCCCCAGGAAUCACUCAUUGCAGAGCUUCCCUCAUGGAACACACAGGGUACACCGGUCAUGGCAAAG